UAUUCUCAUUUUCUCCAGUGCACUUCACACCCAAAUGUUUCUCUGAAAAACCCUAGUUUUUCAAAUGGCAUCAAUCAAUUUCAAUUGGUUUGGUGGAGAAAACUGGUUUCAAAAACCCCCAAACCCAAUUUCUCCAAUCAAUCUCAUUUCCUUCACAACAACAACAAAUUUCUCAAAACCCUCUUCAAAUUUUGCUUCAAUCAGUAGUUCAGUUUCAAAUCUCUUUGGAAAACCUAAGAAAAAGCCUGAAGAUGAAAACCCAGAUAGACCACCACCUGGUUAUUACAGAAAUAUGUAUGACCAAUAUGUAUGGGAAUGUGAGAACAAUCCAGAUUAUCGGCAUACACCAGAAGUAGAUAAAAUACUUAAUGAAGAUCAAGUGUUUGAGGAAAAGACUAACCCAACUGACGAAGAGAUUAAGAAGAAUGCUGAAUGGUGGGAAGAAUUUCAUAAGAACCCAAUUGUUGAGUUUUUGAGAAGAGCUGAAGAAGUUGCUGAUUAUGAGAAUGAGAAGGAAUUGAAAGAGAAUGAGACUCCGUAUAGGAAAGAGGAUAGGAAGCUUUGGAAAGCUGUACCACAUGUUCCGGGGUUAGAUGGUAGACCAAUGCCUAGGAAAGCUAUUAAGACUGAUGAAGAAUCUGAUGAUAAGUUUUGGGAUUUUGCUAGACAGUUCUUUUUUGGUCUUUGGGGUUUUAAACAAAGACCUUAUCCACCUGGUAGACCUAUUGAUGUUGCUCAAGCUAUUGGGUAUAAGCGACUCGAGAAACGGUACUACGAUUUUAUAAUGAGGAGUGGUGGUUGGUACUACAAGGAUCGAUUGGGUCGAACAAGGGGGCCUUUACAGCUGAUAACCAUGAAAACUGCUUGGGGUGCUGGGAUAAUUGAUAAGGAUACCUUCAUUUGGGGUGAAGACAUGGAUGAAUGGGCACCUAUUCACAUGGUUUAUGGCUUAGAAAGAGCAGUUGCCACUUGGGAAGUUAGACUAGGAGCUGCUGCAACAGCUUUCGUUCAUAAACUACAGAAAGGUAUACCUCCCUGGGUACCACUCAAGGGGCAGGAAAAGAAGACUUGUAAGCAACUUCAAGAAGAAGCAAUUGCAAGCAAAAACCGGGAUUUAGCAGUUCUUGAAGCUAAUGAUGGUGUUUGGCCUGGAAUGAAAACACCUAGCCAUGCUUUAUUUCUCUGGGCUAGUGGCUCAGAACUAACCAAUAUGUUGAGAGGUGAAGACCACAUGCCCAAUAAGUAUAUCUCCAAAGAUCUUAGGAAACAAUUGCAAAAAGAAAUUCCUGGUUUGAGGCCGUGGGAAGUUCUUAGCAUCGAACAAGCUAUGGAUCAGAUUACAUACGGUGGAAAAUGGUACCGUGAGCGUCUUGGCUCCUACACAACAGGCCCUCCAUAUCUAAGGAAUUGGAAUAAGGAUGUCAAGAGAAUCUUUAGAAUAUUCUACACCCUCAGCUACAGAGUUUAUAACAAAUUAGAGCGUACAGUUCCUGGAUUCGGUGAAGUAAUGAGGAAGGUCCGCGCUGAGUCAGAGAAAAAGCGGAAUGAGAAGUUGGCCGCAGAGAAGAAACUGGAACUAGAGAAAUCCAUCGUAAGCGGACCUGCUACUCCUACUAAUUAAUAGUCAUGUCACAUUCCGCUCUUAGCCGAACGUUUGUAAUGUCAAACAUCCCCACCAUCCCUUCCUGUUCUUUAUAUCGUUUUGGGUGAGCAGGUUCUAUUUUUGGGGCUUCAUUGGUUACUUUGUUAGGGUUCGAAUUAUAUGUGUUGUCAGAACACUACUGUUCUGACAGCCUGAGAGAGUAAUCUAUAUUGCAUUCUAGUUCUGUGCUUAUUUUCGAAGUUUUUGAAUUGCUGCAUUAGAUAUAAAACACUUCUUGUAAUGUACAUUUUGUCACAACAUUGUUGAUCAAAUUGCAUAUAUUGCGACUUGGAUCAGCAUAAUUCCAACUGAGUUGAAUCGGUCACUCCAUGGUCUUAUCUGA